AUGCGAACUCAAAAGAGUGAUUACCUCUUCACUAACAAAGAUGCUGGUAAUAUCAAGGCGUAUGUUAAGGAUAUUGCUGUUGUUGUUGAUAAUGUAAAGAAUGACAUAAUUAAGAUCCAUGGAGAUGAUGUUGUUGCUGGUGAUAACAAUCCAAUACUUGUGUCCACAAAAGAAUGUGCACAAGACACCUUGUGCCAGCUUCCUUAUAGGAAUACUUUCACAAGGAAAACCUCUACGAAGGCAAUGUUUCCUUUGUGUUGUGGAGAAAAUUUCUUUUCAAUGCCAGCCUUUGACUUCAUAGCCUACAAAGAGUCAAUGGGGUCAUCUGAGGAUGAAGAUUUUGUUUACUCCUACAAAAUUGGGUGUCUUGAUAAGUAA